AUGGAGCUGGGCAGCGCCCUCGCCCGCCGUCACGCGCGUGCGGUGUGGGGCAGCUGGCUGCUGGCCAGCGCGCCGCUGUUCGUGGUCUUCAACGCGCUGGGCUGGUGGCUGGAUGCGUUCGGCUGGGCCUGGCUGGCGAUGUGGUGGUGCAAGCCGCUGUUCGAACGCGCGCCGUUGUACGUGCUGUCACGCGGCAUCUUUGGUGAGCCGGUGGGCACGCUGGCGGCGCUGCGCGCGCAGCGCCACUGGGGCGGUACCGGCUUCUGGGGCUACCUGGGCUGGCGCCGCUUCAGCGUGCUGCGCAGCCUGUGCCUGCCGGUGAACCUGCUGGAAGGCAACGCACCGGGCCAGCGCGGCCCGCGCCGUCGCGCGGUCGCGGCCGGCGCCGCAGGUGCAGCGACGGUGCUGACGGUGACCUGCCUGGCAUUCGAAGCGGUGCUGGUGUCCGGCGCGAUCGGUGCGGUGUUCAUGUUCAUGCCACUGGACCUGAUGUCCGAAUCGUGGCGUGCGGCCUGGGACAUGAUCGGCCGGGACACGCCGGCGUGGGCCCGGCUUGGCUUCAACCUGGCGUGCUGGCUGGCCUCGGUGCUGGUCGGGCCGUUCUUCGUCGGUGCCGGCUUUGGCCUGUACUUGAACCGGCGCACGCAGAUGGAAGCCUGGGAUGUGGAAAUCGCCCUGCGCCGCCUGCGUGAUCGACUGCUGCCGGCGGCGUCGACACUGGCCCUGCUGCUGUGCCUGGCCCUGCCACUGGCCUGCGCACCGGUGCACGCGCAGGACGCGCCGUCGAUCACCGACGACGCCGACACUGCCGGCGAGGACGAAGACAGCGCGGAGGAACCGGCCACCGCCGCAAACGACCCCGCCAACACCCCGGCCACCAUCUUCGGCAGCACGCCAGUGGACACCGCCGGAUUCCGUCAGGCGGUGAACCGCGCCUAUGAAGACCCGCUGCAGCACCCGACCCGCCAGGUCACGCACUGGAAGCCGAUCGAGCAGGCCCAGGAGGCGAAGAAGGAAGACAAGCAGCUGCAAGGCGACAGCGGCAACAAGGCCGAGCGCAAGGCACGCAAGGACGGCAUUGCCUGGCUGGCGCGGCUGGCCGAGUGGGGCCUGUGGGGCCUCCUGGGCAUCCUGCUGCUGGUGCUGCUGCUGACCGCGCGGGUGUGGCUGCCCUGGUUGCGUGGCAGCGGCCGGCGCAAGGCCGGCGCUGCGGCCCCGGUGAUUGAAGAGGCGGUGGAACUGCCCGCGGUGCUGCCACCGGACGUGGCCACCCAGGCCGGCCUGCUGUGGGACCAGGGCCGGCCACGGCAGGCGCUGGCCCUGCUCUACCGCGCCAGCGUGCGCACCGUGGGCGAGCGCAGCGGCAUCGCACUGCCUCCCGGCGCCACCGAGGCGCAGUGCCUGCGUGCCUCGCGGCGCAUGCCGGAGGCGGCCGACCGUGACCUGUUCGCGCGCAUCGUGCGCAUGUGGCAGUACGCCGCCUAUGGCAUGAGCCCGCGCCUGUUCUGGUCGUUGCUGCUGGGCCUGCUGGUGCUGAUCGGCGUGCCACUGACGAUCCUCUACCUGCGCACGCACGAACGGGUGACCGAGACGCUCACCCUGCCGCCGCAGGGCGAGGCCAGCUACAACCCGCUGUACGUGCUGGGCCAGGCCCUGCGCGCCGACGGCAUCGAGGUGCAUUCACGACCACGGCUGGACCUGCAGCAGAUGACGCUGGGGCCGCACGACACGGUGGUGCUGCUGCAGGACAGCAGCGAACUGCCGGCACCGAGCGUGAAACCGCUGCUGGACUGGGUCGACCGCGGCGGGCACCUGCUGGUGCGCACACCGCCCCCGGCGGAGGACGAUACCGGCAGCACGCAGGGACCCUUGCUGGACCAGUUGGGGGUGGACAGCCUGUUCCAGCGCAGCGACUGCCAGCCGUUCCAUAUCGACGACGACAGCGGUCACAGCGAGUUCUGUGGAGGCCGCCGCUUCACGCUCGGGUUUGCCGCGCGCACACAGGCCGAACGCCGCUGGGGCGGUGACCGCGACCUGGUGUUCGCGCGCCUGCGCCAUGGCCAGGGCAAGGUGAGCGUACUGGCCGACAUGGAGUUCAUGCGUGGCGAGGUCGACACACCCGCCGCACGGCUGGGCGCCGCUGCGGGCAGGCCCAGCGAUGGCCUGCACGAUCCGGCCCACCGCGACCUGACCCGCUAUCUGCUCGAUCCGAACUACGGCAGGGGUGCGGUCUGGCUGGUCUACGCCGGACGCCCGCCGUCGCUGUGGGCGCGCCUGUUCUACCACGGCUGGCCGCUGUGGGUGCCGCUGCUGCUGGCCCUGCUGGGUUGGCUGUGGGGCCGCUCGCAGCGCUUCGGCAGCCUGCAGCCGUCGCCGCUGCUGGAACGCCGCUCGUUGCUGGAGCACGUGCGUGCAAGCGGCGAACUGCUGCUGCGCUUCGGCCACGGCGCGCGCCUGUACGACGCCGUGCUCGCCCUGUUCCUGCACCGCCUGCGCCUGCGCGCGCCGGUCGCCGCCGCACUCGAUGGCGCACCGCGCGAGCAGGCCAUCGCCGAGCUGCUGAAAUGA